AUGAAAUCAAGAAACACGCAGGAUGUAGACUUGAUCAUUGAUUUGUGUGUACGAAUGAAGUUUUGCAUACAAAGGUUGAAUAGUUGUAUUGUGCUUUUAUAUAUUGUCUUAUGUGGAUUAUAUGAAAAACGUUUAUUAAAAUAUUUAUUCGAUUCCAGUCGACCAGAUGCACAUAAUCCAAUUGAACGUCCAUCAGCAAAUGAUACAGAAACAUUGAAUGUUAGUGUUAAAUUUUUCUUAAAUCAAGUUAUGGAUGUGGAUGAAAAAAAUCAAGUAUUGACAACAAUUAUAUGGAUGGAUUUAAUAUGGAAUGAUUAUCAUUUCUUAUGGAAUCCUAAAGAGUUUGGUAAUAUAACUACUUUAAACUUACCAUAUACUGCUGUAUGGAGACCAGAUAUUCUAUUGUAUAAUUGUGCGGAUGAAAAAUUCGAUCGUACAUUUCCAACAAAUACAAUUAUAAAACAUGAUGGUACUGUUCAAUGGAUGCCACCGGGAUUAUUUAAAUCUACAUGUAAUAUAGAUAUUUUAUGGUUUCCAUUUGAUGAACAGAGUUGUAUAUUAAAAUUUGGAAGUUGGACAUAUUAUGGUGAUCAAAUUAAUUUUCAAUUACAAUGUAUUAAUGCUUCACAACCUGAUUGUACACAAGUUGGAACAGUUGAUUUAUCUGAAUAUUCACGUAAUGGAGAAUUUCAUCUUAGUGGAUCUUCAGUUCGACGUUAUGCACAACGAUAUGAAUGUUGUGAUUAUGAUUUUGUUGAUGUAAAAAUUGCAAUUACACUUCAACGACGUGCACUUUAUUAUGUAUUUAAUCUUAUUGUGCCUUGUUUAUUAAUAUCUGGUAUGGCUUUAAUGGUAUUUAUGUUACCACCAGAUGCAGGUGAAAAAAUAUCAUUAGGUGUAACAAUUCUUUUAUCCUUAACAAUGUUCUUACAACUUGUUGCAGAUAAACUUCCACAAACAUCUGAAGCUAUACCAUUAAUUGGUAUCUACUUUUCAUGUACAAUGUUUAUGUGUUCAUUAUCUAUUGUAUUUACUGUACUUGUGUUAAAUUAUCAUCAUAGAUCAGCCGAUUGUGUUACUGUACCAGCUUGGAUUAGGAAUAUUGUCAAUACAUAUUUAGCUAAAUUAAUGUGUAUGGAACCUCCGAAACGUUCACAAAUUAUUGAAGUUGAAGAUAUUUCAUCAUCUAUUAGUGAUAAUUUCAUGGAGAAUUAUCCUAAUACAAAAAAGUCACAAAAUAAAACACUUAUCAACAGAGGAGAGGGAGGAGAACAGCAACAACAAGGAGGAGGAGGAGGCGAAGAAGAAGAAGAAGAUGAUGAUGAUGAUGAUGAUGAUCAAGAAGUAGAAGAACGCAUAGGAGUUAAACCAUUUGUUGGUUGGAAUUAUGAUACUACUAAUAUAAUAAAUAGUAAUAUAAAUCCUAUUUAUAUGAAAAAACAUUUAUCUACUAAUUCACCAAUAUUUAUUAAUGGAAAUUUAAAAACAACAACAUUAUCCAUGAUAAAUCAAUUCACUAAUAAUAUUGAUUAUCAAUUACAGAAUACAAUUCAUGAAAUUAAACCAAAAAAUCCAAUAGCAAAUGUUAUUGAUUUAGAUGAUGAUUUUCGUGCAACAGCACGUUUUAAUACUACUAAUAAUACUACUACUCAUACUACUACUCAUACUACUCAUACUACUAUCAUACUACUACUUCUACUACUAUUAAUACUACUAAUAAUAGUAAUAUCUUUAUAA